AUCCUCUCUUUGACUCAAAUAGAGUCUUUGCCCUUCGUCCUCUUUUUACUAUCCCUCAACACUUCUUAGUUCUUUCGCGCGCCCAUCACAUCAAGCGCUACGGGGAAAUAAAUACGCGCUCUUCAUCACCCUUCUAUAACACAUUCCAACCCGUUCUGUUCACGUUCGUCAGAAUGAGCAACAGUAUUGACCCAGAUGCCGUCAAGGCGGCCACAAUGGCAGACCUCUCUCGCUUUCGCCAGGAAGAACUUCCUCUGAGCCAUCAAGCGAGAAGACCAGAUCGCCCAACGUAUGCCCCAAGCGGAAACAAUGGAACCAACCACUAUUCGGAUACUACAAAGGCUGUUCUCGAGAACAAAUGGGCUGCCAAGAUCAACGAUGGAGAGUCCCAAAGUAUGGAAGGCCUUGAGCUCGAAGAUUCACGACCUUGGGCAAAAGGCCAGACAAGAAAGAGACUUCCGAACAUUACAGUUGACAGAGUUGCUCCAGCUAUCCCUGCUUCCCGCGGAACGUUCUCCUCAUAUCAGUCUCGGGGAACUCGCGUUCAGUUCAAACCCACAACACCUGCGACAUGGGGCCCGCCACCUACGGAGACAGCUACUCGAACUAAUCGUCAACAGCCUCCGCCUAAUGCUACUCACAAUGGCAGCUCUACCACUGCGAACGCUGCUUCUGUAAACGGCACCUCUUGUACACCUUUGGUCGCGAAAAAGAAGAAUGAGGACGACCGGGAUCUUAUUGCAUCGGAGCGCCUCGUGUACAGAAAACAGUGCCACCUUGUUUCAGGGAAGGCUGAGGCACUUGGUAUCGUCACAAAUGUCGCCAUCAAGAUCCGAGAUGCAGAUAAUGACGGCAUUUUGGAGAUUCAAAACGACUCUAAGGGCGUUCGAAUCCACAAUGCUCUUGAACUCGAGCAACCUGUCAUUGACGGCGUCUUUUGUACCAUCAAAGUGAAAACUAGGCCCUUCUCCGAGAAGCUUCGAUUCGCUACAGUUGGCGAUGCGCAAGGUUUCAAGAUUAACCUGUUCAAGCUCCAGAAUGCUCUGUUGGAUCAACAAAAGGAACAAGACAUCGGCGAGUCUCAGGUUGCUGACAAUACCGAGGAAAGCAACAAGGCAGAGGAAGACGGCGACCUCUUAAUGGCCUCCAGCCCCAUUGCAAGCACGGCAUCCGAUACUUCCAUUCCCGUCCUCAAUGGUCCAUCUCAACAGGCACCCACUGCGGAUCAAGAGCCCCUUAUCAUGGCGGAUGACGAUUGGGGAACAGCAGCUAACAACAACAUUCCCAGCGUGGGGCAUGAGACCAUACAGCUGAGUCAGUUGUUACGCCAGGUUCUGGAGCAAUUCGCUGCCCUGGGGAACCACUCCGGUGAGACUAUGAAUGGGAUCGAGUAUGAAAUCCUCGAACAGGCUCUCAGCCACGGCUUCCUGCAUGAGUGCGACGAGAAAGUGCGAGAGGAUAUCCUGGCCAUCAUUCGUUCCAUGUUCAACGUGGGUUGCAAGUUGGUCUCCCGUGAAUUUGCUUCGGGCCUCGGAGAUACCAUGGCAAUCGAAACCCCUGUGAAUGGCAAUGCCAAGGGUCUUGGUGGUGCAACCGCCGAGCAGGCGGAGGAUUCGAAGCAGGUGGAGGAUUCAACCAACCGCUCUGUGGUCGGUAUGCCUAAGGGCUUGGGUGCUUCACGUUUCGCCAAAAAGCCGGCGGCAUACCAUGGCAACUUCACCGGCCCGAUCAAGUACUGA